AUGCUAGAAAAAUUGACAGGGACGAUUACGGUGUUGGAGAGUAAAUUCCCAACUCUUAUUAAUCAGAAAGUGAGUGCUUUAGAUGAAGAGCUUAGUAAGAGACUUGCAACUCUAGAGACUAAUUUGAAAGGGUUUCAUCCCGCUGAUGUACCCAUUGAUAAUGUCACGUCCAACAACAAUGAAUAUGAUGAGGCACACAAUAAAGAACUUUCUUGGAUGGUAGAAGAGAAGCCAUCUUCUAAAGAUGGUUUGUCUGUGGGAAUCAUGCCUAAAAAAGUAUCUCCGAUACGUGAGAAGAAGAUGACCAAAGUAAAAGAAGUGAAGGUAUCUACUCCAAAAGUUUUAAAGAAGGCAAUGAAGAGAGAUGACGACGAUGUUGUGGAUGUAACUGAUGAAGUUGUAGCAAAUACUCUGAAAAUGACUUCCAAUUCUGAAGACACAUUCUCUAAUCCUCAAGUACAACAGCACAUGGGAGCUACAAAGAUUAUGUUCCACAAAAGGUUUAUGUGUGAUCCUUUAAAAUACUCAAAUCACCGCAUUGCUUUCCUUGAUCAAGAUUUGAUCAGAAAGAUGGAGAAAGACUACAAACACUUUUCCUCGGAUUCUAAAACCUACAAGUGGACCGACUAUUAUGCGAAUCACCAGAAUGAUAUUAACUUGAAGAGAAAGAGGAUCUACGUUUACAACAACAUUCCCACUAUCGUUGAUGAACCAGAAAUGCUACGCAAUGGUGGAGGUGAAGAGGGUCACGAAGAAGGUCCCGUGAAUCACGAUCCAGUUCUAAGGAUCAAACUUGGUGCUGAGAUGUUUGAUGAAUUAAGAGAGUUUGCUGGUACACUUAACUGUGAGAUUUGUCGGAAAGAAUUCGAGCUUCCUCGCCUUAAUGAUUCGUAG